AUGGCCGGCACGGCUGUGUCGGCCAACCUGUCGACGGCGCAGUGCAGCCACGCGCCGGUGCCCAGGGACGCGGCAGCAGGCCCCUGGCGAACGCUCAGGCGGGGCCAGGCCGCGCCGGGCGGCCGCGGCGUGGGGCUGGUCCGGGCGACGGGAGAGUCCUCCAAUGGUGCCCUGAAUGGCACGGGGGGUGCCCCCCAGGAUGCCACCUUUGUGCCGGUGGGCGACAACGUGUGGAAUGAAGGUGCCUUCCCCAGCUACAUGCAGAGUGGCGAUGAGUCACGCUUCUGUAGUGACUGGCAGGAGGCACUCAGCGCAGCUGAGGGGGAGGGGCCCAAGCGGAAGAGGGGCACAGCCAUCUGGGAGAAGAUGAUGCUGGAGGCAGAGAGGGAUGCCAAGAGCGAGCCCCUGCUAAGCAGCUUCCUGUAUGCCAGCAUCUUGGCACACGACAGCUUCGAGCGUGCCCUGGCCUUUGUGCUGGCCAACCGCCUGGCCAAUGCCACGCUCUUGCCCACGCAGCUGUUUGAGAUCUUCUCAGAGGUGCUUACACAGGACCAGGGCACGCUGGAGUCCGCGCUGUCAGACAUCUCCGCUGUUGUGGAAAGGGACCCAGCUUGUUCCUCGUUCAGCAGCGCCCUGCUCUACUUCAAGGGCUUCCAAGCACUCCAGGUGCAUCGCAUCGCCCACGCCCUGUGGCACCGUGGCCAGAAGGUGAUUGCUCUCACUCUACAAAGCCGUGUGAGCGAGGUGUACGCGAUGGACAUACACCCAGCAGCGACCAUUGGCCGUGGCCUGCUUAUCGACCACGGCACUGGCGUGGUAAUCGGCGAGACAGCUGUCGUAGGGAACAAUGUGUCAAUCCUGCAGAAUGUCACUCUGGGUGGCACAGGCAAGGAGGUUGGCGAUCGCCACCCCAAGAUCCAUGACAACGUGCUCAUUGGUGCCUCUGCCACGGUGCUGGGCAACAUCACCAUUGGCAAGGGAGCACAGGUAGCAGCGGGCUCUCUGGUGCUGAAGCCUGUGCCCCCACACACCAUGGUCGCAGGCAGCCCCGCAAAGGAGGUGGGCAAGGUGUCAGGCAAUCCCGCCCUCAAGAUGGACCAGUGGAGCAAGAAGUUCGACCCGUUCUGCGACAUGUUUGGCCAGCCAGUGAAAGAGCAGCAGCAGGAGCAGGAAGCAUCCAGCGAUGGUGUGGCUCUUGCCAUGAAGGAAGCAGCCAAAGACAUUGUGGUGGUCUCUGAAGAACUCCAGGAGAUGCCCCAGGAGCCAGUGAAAGAGCAGCAGCAGGAGCAGGAAGCAUCCAGCAAUGGUGUGGCUGUUGCCUUGAAGGAAGCAACCAAAGACAUUGUGGUGAUCUCUGAAGAACCCCAGGAGAUGCCCCAGGAGAACCUGAUCGAGGUCAGCAAGAGCGAUGGGCGGCAGGACCUCGUUGAGGCCGCGCUGGGCGAGGAGGGACCGGUGAUGGCCGAGCCAGAGUAUUUCAUAUGA